CCUUAGGCAGGCGUAUUUUUGACAUUUAUGUUCAGGAAAGAUUGGUUUGGAAAGAUUUCAAUAUUGAAGAUGAGGUUGGCAGUGCUUAAAAGGCUUUAGUGAAACAAGUAUUGAAUGUCAAUGUGACUAAUAAUAUGUUGGAGAUCAGAUUCUAUUUUGCCGGAAAAGGGACAACAAGGAUUCCUGAUAGGGGAGUUUAUGGUCCCAUCAUAUCAGCCAUCUCUGUAUUUUCUGAUUUGAAAGUUUGUUCUAGUGGGAAAAAGAAGGGAACUGUUUAUGUGGUUGUUGGAGCUGUUGGAGCAUCAUGCCUGGUUGCCAUUAUACUGGUAAUUCUUUGGUGGAAAGGCAACUUGCCAGGAAAAUUGCGCAGGAAAAGAGAUGUCAAAGGACUUGAUUUUCCAAAGGGAACAUUUUCUCUGAAGCAAAUUAGAGCUGCCACUAAUGACUUUGAUGCUUCUAAUAAGAUUGGAGAAGGUGGUUUUGGUCCUGUAUACAAGGGUCAAUUACCUGAUGGCACUGUUAUAGCAGUGAAGCAACUUUCAUCAAAAUCACGGCAAGGAAAUCGUGAAUUCUUAAAUGAGAUGGGCAUGAUUUCAUGUUUGCAGCAUCCGAAUCUUGUCAAGCUGCAUGGAUGUUGCAUUGAAAGUGAUCAGUUAUUAUUGGUUUAUGAGUACAUGGAAAAUAAUAGUCUUGCCCGUGCUCUGUUUCGUCAUGAAAACAAUCAGCUUAAUCUGGAUUGGCCUACAAGGCUUAAGAUCUGUAUUGGGAUAGCUAGAGGUCUAGCUUUUCUCCAUGAAGAAUCAAGACUUAAGAUCGUUCACAGAGACAUCAAAGCUACAAAUGUGCUACUUGAUGGGAAUCUGAAUCCUAAAAUAUCUGAUUUUGGAUUGGCUAGGCUUGAUGAAGAAGAGAAGAGCCACAUCAGCACCCGAGUUGCUGGAACUAUAGGAUAUAUGGCACCAGAAUAUGCACUAUGGGGUUACUUGACUGACAAAGCAGAUGUUUACAGUUUUGGGGUUGUUGCUUUGGAAAUUAUUAGUGGGAAGAACAACAAUAACUACAUGCCAAGCAACAGCAGUUGUGUUUGUCUCUUAGAUUGGGCCUGCCAUUUGCAACAAAGUGGGAGUUUUAUAGAGCUUGUUGAUGAGACGUUAGGAUCUGAAGUUCACAUAGAAGAAGCAGAAACUAUGGUUAAAGUAGCUCUCUUGUGUACAAAUGCGUCCCCUACAGUUAGACCUACAAUGUCUGAGGUAGUGAGCAUGCUUGAAGGACGAAUGGCUGUUCCCAACACGCUUCCUGAACUGAGUUCAUAUACUGAAGAUUUGAUGUUCAAAGCCAUGAGAGACCUCCGUCAGCAUGAGCAAAGUCAUAGAUUCAGUGGGAGCCAAACACAAAAGUCAACCUCUAUUCAAACUUUUAGCUCUUCAUCUAUAUCUGAGAACAGCAGUUAUGAGAAUCCUUGACAAUCCAAAGCUCUAAUCAUGUACCCCAGAUCAUUUGGGGUUCUCAAAGAGUCCUUAAACGAUGCACUGGCUCUCUCACUGUUGUGAUGUUGGGUUUCUGCUAUUUAUUUGAAAUUUAACUCAGCGUGACUACAUCAUUCGGCUUAAGAAUUUAGCGAGGAAUUCUUCGGUACAUGUUAAAUAUUAAGUUGUAGUUUUUUUUCCGAGUUCUGAGAGGGAGAUGCUUAAUUAUUUUUUAUAUAAAACUGCAAAUUUCAAAUUUAUCAUACGGAUCUGUAUGUACACUGGAAAUUUCAAAUCUCAUUGUUUUGUUGCUGUC